GGCUCUCUCCAAACCACCUUCCCCAUUAUUUCAUUCCAUAUCUCCUUGAAGCUUCAUUCCCACUUGGACAAAAUCGGCAACCGUACGGUACAACUCUUUGUGGUACCGGCAAGACAGUUCGCGUAGCUCGUAGCUGUUCGCGUGCAUCAUUCGUGGCGUUUGUACUAACUAACUUACCGCCCACCGCCCACUAAGUGCUUUCUCUUGGUCGACACAAGCCCCUCUCCUCUCUGUCCCACAAGGUCAGGUUAUUUACUUCCACACAAACCACACAAACAGCAGCAGGCCUUCCCCCAAACCAGCAAAUCAAUCAACUCAAGGUGCCGUAGAUCGAAGAACGCAACGCAUCCAUAGUUACAUUUUUGUUUGCAAAGCGCCAUGCAACACCAACACACGGAGGAUUUGACGAACGAGCCCAACACCAAAGACACCGCUGCCACUGCUACCAUGAAGAACGACGACCAAGAGCAGAUUGACAUUGAAGCGUCCUUGUCUCGCAUUGGAGUCUUGUCGGAUUCAUUGGCGGCGUUGACCCGUAAACGACCUUCCGGCGAUGGGAAUGGCGGUCGUCGUGUCCAACGGCGUCCUUCGUUGGGCUCUAGUGUGACGAGUGGUUCGUCGAUUGGAAUUGAUGAUUUGGUCAACAAUUUGGAGGGUUUGGAGUUUGAAAUGCUGUGUAACAAUCCCAACGAAAAUGGCUUGGACUUGUCCAUCUCACGACUCAGCAUGAACGACAGUGUUGGCAGCCAUCACACUGGCGGUGGUAACAACGAAUCCACCGCUCGCCUCUCGAUGGGUCUCUGGUCACUCCAAGACAUGGAACCAUGGGCGUGUGCGACCUGUACGUUUGAAAAUGAACCCGUCUUUUCCGUCUGUGAAAUGUGCGGACAAUGCCGACCCCCGCCACGACAAGACUAUAGUAAUAACAACAACAACAACAGCAGUCUCAUGAUGAGUAACAACAACAACAGUAACAACAGCAUGAUGGUGGAUCACGCGCGACGAAGAGUCGACAGCACGGUGCUGGUCAUGCAGGAACAACGCAUGAUGGAAUUGCAGCAAUUCAAAGCACCACCAUCCCGCAGCAUGAGUCCGCGACCGCCACGAGCCGCCGCACGCAAGAGAUCCGAACCACCACCGCCGCGACAUCCACCCAAAGGACGCAGUCCCAAACGACACGGCUCUACACGACGAUCCAGCAGUCCAGUGCCGCCUACGACGAAUUUGUUGAAUCCCAGUCUCCACAGUCUCUCGUCGACCACCUACAAUCGAGAGGCGUCCAUGCGAGAUUUGUUUGCGGAUUCGUCGAAUCAUUCCGCAUCGUUGCACAAAACAUCACGACUACAAGAUUCCUUUACGACGGCAACCACCUUUGACAUGUCGGCAUCGUCCUUUGACUAUUUCCCACCGGAACGAAUAGCCAUUCCGGGAAUUGAAGAAGAAGAAGAUCGUGAUGCCGUCGAAUUGGAUCCCAACAGUGCCGAAUGUUGAUGACUGUUUCCUAUUGCAUUCCACCUUUUUUUAUUUUACCAGUACUAUUUUACCCUACCUAAUUCAAUCAUCAACACACACAAACAAAAAAGCAUUGGCGAAUCCACUCAUUCGCCCGUCUAUCGACUACGAGUAUGCACAUCAUUCAACUAAAAAAUAUAGUAUAGUCUACAUUAUUAUUC